AUGCCUAAACGACGUCUUUGCCGUCGCGGUCACUAUAGCCUGAGCCGAAAACAGAGCCGUUGCUCUAGCCGGAGUCGGAGCCUUGGUCAAAGCGCAGCCGUAACUGUCGCCCUCGCCCUACCUGGAGUUGGAGCCGUAGCAUUACUUGUAUUCAUCGCCGUCGCCCUAACCGGAGUCGGAGCAAUCGCCCUUAGCGUUGACAUCAGCGUCGAUGUAAUUAGGGUCGCAGCCGUCACUCUAGCAGAAGUCAUAACCGGAGUCGUGGCCUUCGCUGGUGUAUACUUGAAAACGUAG